AUGGCUUUAAUCGGCAAACCAAGGAUCAAGGAGUCCCGCUGGAAAGUUGUGGAGAUAAAGACUCAGAAGCAUGGCCUCCUCCACACCUUCUACAGCCCCAAUGGAGAUCUGUACACCAGAGAGUGGAGGAAAAACCAGAGGCAUGGACAGGGAACUCAGGUGUGGACGAGUGCCAGAACGAUGUAUGAAGGUGAAUGGAAAUGGGAUGUGCGUGAUGGUUUUGGGACACUCUACAAACUGCAGCUGCCAUCUGAGCGGUAUUUAAAAGUGUAUUUGGGGAACUGGAGAAACGAUAAGAAAGAGUGGUUUGGAAAAUAUUUCUACAGCUCUUCAUCCCGAUAUGAGGGGGAGUGGGUGAGGAAUGAGAGGAGCGGAAAUGGGAGGAUGACUUACGAGAAUGGAGAUGUUUAUGAAGGAGAGUGGUUCAGGGAUAAACCCCACGGCAAGGGCGUGCUGUUCCUCAGGAACGGGAACAGGUAUGAGGGCUACAUGAAGGAUGGGAAGAAACAAGGACACGGACGCUUUGUCUACAAGGACAUGGGUCAGGUGUACGAAGGCUUCUGGGUAGAUGAUGUGCCCAAGUGUGGGAAGAAUACACACACACACCUGAGUUGAACCC